CACCACCAUACCAGGCAAACCAACUACCACCCGAGAUCAGAUAGAUACCCACUGCAGCGCUGAUUGGUGCAGGCGAAGCACUUGGCCGCAGAUGACCAUGGCCAUGAGCGACGUCCCAUCCACGGACCUCACACCGCCGUCUGAUGCUCAAAUCGUGGCAGCCACACAGCCUUACAGCGAUACCCCUCCCGCAGACGCUGCAUCCUCCAGCAGUCGGCCCCUACUGCCAUCGUCGCAUCCCAUUUCACUCAAGCUCCGGUCCAUCCUCACCAAGCCAGCCUCGAGCUACGACGACGAAGUUGCAAGGAAAGCUCUCAAGGCACUCGAAGAGCUCUACCCUGCCUCUGAGACCUCGAGAGGCAAGCAGAAGGCCAGCGAGGGGCCAGCGCAGCACAAGUCACGGCCGAGGCGACGGACCGUCAAGCGCAGCAGCGCCGAUACCUCUGCAGACAAGGCAGAGGUGGUCGAGGUAGACAUCCGAAAAGCAAAGGCCAAUCUGGAAAAGGACGCCCAGCUGGCACUGAUACAAUCCGGAGACGACUUCUUGAAGAUCCUUGAAGAAGUGGACGAGGCCAUCGAGGCAGUCUCGGACAAUGUUCGUCAGAUGGGCAGAGCAUGCGACGACGUUGACGCUCGUCUCUCCAGCACAAAUGACGCUACCAGAUGGCUCUUGGAGCAGGCAGAGGGGCUGCAAAGGCAACGAGCCACCACGUCUCAGCAAGCCCUACUACUGGACUUGUUCCUGGCUCGCUUCACACUGGAGCCGGCAGAGGCGGAGACGAUAAGCAACAGAGAUUUGCCAGUGUCGAAGUCUCUUUUCAAGGCAAUGGACCGCCUCAACCAAAUACGUACCGACUGCAGAGCUCUCCUGGAAGGAGGAGGUGAAGUCGGUGGUGGAACCAGAGCUGGUACCGACGUCAUGGCCAGCACCAGUAGCCAGUUGGACGCUGCAUACGACAAGAUUGGGCGGUACCUCAGCUUCCAAUUCAGACAGACGCCCAAAGAGGGACUAGACGUCAGCGAUACGCUCAGAGAGGCAGUGAAAAGAACCAUGAACGAGCGAGAGGACCUGUUGAGGGCUGCACUUCAGACACUCGUCUCGAUUCGCUCUUCGCACUUGUCUUCUGCCUUUCAGCAGGCUCUGACCCGUGGCUCCCCGGACUUCAACUCUCGCCCAAUUGAGCUACACGCCCAUGAUCCUCUUAGAUACGUCGGCGACAUGUUAGCCUGGGUACACCAAGCUGUGGCUUCAGAGCGAGAAUUUCUGGGUCAGCUACUGGGCGAGGCGGAAGGUGAGGGAGGAAGGAAGACAGGCGAGAGGAGAAGAGGUAUCGAAGGCAGCAUCGACUGGUCUUCGGGGGAGAAGGGUCUUCCUCAAGGUAAGAAGGCCAUCUACAUGCGAGAGCUGCUGGACAGGUGCCUAGAGGGGUGUUGCAGGCCACUGCAAGUUCGCAUCGAGCAGACGACGCGGUCUCAGGAAGGAUGCAUCGUACCCUUCAAGCUUGCGAAUUUGGUGCAGUUCUACAAGGUGACAAUGCAAAGCACCAUUGGGUCAAAAGUCUCAUUGACCAAGACCCUGGAGGAGAUCAGCGUAUCCAGCUAUCAGGCCUUCUUUGGCACGCUGGAGAGGCAGGGAAGGAGUCUCUUGAGAUUCAUUCAGCCUCCCGACUCCAGCCUCUCCCCACCUGCUUCCUUGGUCGGCGCCGUCGACUCUCUCCGCGAGAUCCUCUCUGUCCAUCAGGCAUCUAUAUCAGAGUUGCCGAUAAAUGGGAAGAAGGGACACACAGGCGCAAAUGAGGAAGUAUCCUCUUCCAUUGCAGACUUCGAUGCUGUCGUCGCGCAAUUGGUGGAUCCUAUGCUCGAGCUCGUGAAGAGGAUGGAGGAUACGAUGAGCGAAGGCUCAACAGUCAAAGGAGUGGAGGAGGUCAAGAAAGCCAAGAAGCAGGGCUUGGUAUUGAAAGUCAAUUGUGUUGAAGGCAUUCUGAGCGCAUUGUCGAGGCACGAGUUCGUCCCUCUCACAACGCAGAGGCUGCAGACAGUCAUCGACGACACUGCUGUCGAGCUGGCAGAAGUUGACUACGCUGAGCUACUCAUCGAGAGCGGCCUCGCCCCCAUCAUUGAGGCGAUCAAUACCAAGAAUGAAGCAACUCCUCUCUCCCAUCAUCCAACAACGACACCACCGCAGAUCCAGAGCUACCUCAGCACCUUCAGUACCUUCCUUUCCUCCCCCUCUCUUCUCUCCCCAACCCUUUUCACCCACCUCUCUUCCCCCUCCAUACGCUCCUCCGUGCAUAACCAGGCUCUGCAUCGGCUGGCUGAUGCGUACGAACGGGUGUUUGAUGCGAUCAAGGAUGAGAGGAAUCGGUUCGAGUGGAGCGGGACGGUGCUAAAGAGGAGCAAAGAAGAGGUGAGGAUGCUGCUUGGGGUCGAGGUGUGAUGCUGCGUCACAGCAGGCAGGCAGGAGGUGUAGAGGACGAACAAAGAUGCGUAACAUUCGAGGAGAGGAAUCAAAUUGUACAAAGUAAAGAAUGUUCAAGUAGUAUGAGCU